AUGGCCGCCGAUGCCGCCAUGGACACGACCUGCCCGAGCCCGGAACUGGGUGACUCGCGCAAGCGACCCCUGGACGACGGCACCGACGAUGGUACCUCGAAACGGUCACAUUUCAGUACGAACGCUGGUUCUUUUCUGCUGCAACUAGUCACCGUUGCAGUUGGCACGAUGCGCCUACAGAGCGUGUGCUUGGGCAGUGGCAUCGAUUGUGACACGGUACGUUUGCAUCCACCCGGUGCGGAGUACAUUCGGUGGCGGGGCUCAAACAUUGAGCAAAGCCUGCGCUCGCCAACGUUGGCCAACGUGCAACUGCAGCAACAACAAUAUGGCACAUUACAGCGCCAAGACAGUGGGAGGGCGAACGGAAGCCAUUCGUCGUUGGAAAAUUCACCCGAUCACACCAACAAUGGCUACUUUAUGUUCGACGAGCUGAGCUCGGCCCUACACGAUGAGCGCAACAAUAGCAGCCCGGGUAGUGCUGCGAACCACCAGCAACACCAUCGCGUCAGUUUCCACAGCCAGCAACACCAGAACGGAAGCGCCUCGUCCGUUGCUAGCAGCACCGGUAGCAACAGCAGUCUGCUGAGCAAUGGCGACAGUUUGAUGGCGCGCAUCAACCAGCUCAGCCACCAUCAGCAACAACACGGCCAUCAGCAGCAUCCUCAUCACCACCACCACACGCAGCAACAGCAGCAGAACAGUGUCGCCAGCAGCAUCAUCGGAACGCCGACGAAUCACGUCGACGCCGGUCCGGUGUUCCGAUCGACUUCCACGCCGAUCGGCUCCCCCUCCGACAGCAUGAUUGGCCAGCAGCAACAUCACCACAUGCUAUCGUCCGUGCUUGCCCAGGAGUCGGGCUCGCCGUACGCCUCACAGCGCUUCCCAUUCGAAGCCUCCGACGGAGCGUCCUUCCAGCUCAAUAGCUACGCACAACAGCAAUCUCUCGCUCAGCAGCAUCAGCAGCAAAGUAUUGCCUUCCAUCACAGUCAGCAACAACAACAACAACAACAACAACAACAACAACAACAGCAACAACAGCUACAGCAACAGCAACAACAGCAUCACCACCACAGCCACCAUCAACAUCAUCAGUACACUCAGCAGAAGUCCGGUUUCGGUAAGUUUCCCGAUGCGCACUUAGAUCUCGGCACGAUGGCCAACGUACAGCUGAACCACCGCGAGAUGGAACUGCUCGAAGCCACGGGAACCGCCACCGCCACCACCACCACAACCAGCAAUGGCGGCGGGGACAACUACCACUUCAAGACGCUGGUGCCGUCGGUGGCCGCCGGCGCCAUCAUUGGCAAGGGGGGCGAGACGAUCGCUUCGCUGCAGAAGGACGCGGGUGCACGGGUGAAGAUGUCCAAAUCGCAUGACUUCUACCCCGGAACCACCGAGCGUGUCUGCCUCAUUAGCGGCACGGUCGAUGGCAUCUUGACCGUGCUCGACUUUAUCAUUGACAAGAUCCGGGAGAAACCGGACAUGACCAAAGCACUGACCGAGGCGGACGCGAAGCAGGCCCAGGAGCGCGACAAGCAGGUCAAGAUCCUGGUGCCGAACUCGACCGCGGGCAUGAUCAUCGGUAAGGCCGGUGCGUACAUCAAACAGAUCAAGGAGGAAUCCGGCUCCUACGUGCAGAUCUCGCAGAAGCCGAAAGAGCUCACGCUGCAGGAGCGCUGCAUCACGAUCAUCGGCGAGAAGGAGAACAACAAAGUUGCAUGCAAGAUGAUCCUGGCCAAGAUCGUCGAAGACCCAUCAUCCGGCACCUGCUUGAACGUAUCAUACGCAGACAUCAACGGACCGGUGGCCAAUUUCAACCCCACUGGUUCGCCAUUCGCCGCCUCACAGACUCCCAAUUUCAGCUCCAGCACCGCAUCACUCAACUCCGCCAUCAGCGGGCCCCUGCCGAGUGCGACGGCGGCCGGUUUGCUGGUCAAUGGCACCGGACUUAAUCUGUCAUUAAACCUAGGUGCACCAUCACCACAGACUAAUCCUACAGUUACUACACAAUUGCUUGACCACAUUAAGGGUGCCAUGAGACAGUCCGGCUACUCCGACACGGCUACGGCUGAGGUGCACGCGGCGCUCGGCGUCCUGGCCAAGUACGGCGUGCUCGGCAUCGGCGUCGGCCUGCAGAACGGCACGCACUCGACCACACUCGGCUACCUGGGCAUGCCGGAGAUGCAACCGACGACGGCGGCCGCGGCCUCCGCCGCCCCUGGCGUGUACGGCGCCGUCGGCCAGCUCAACCUCGACUCGUACCUGCACGGCGCGGGCACGGCGACGCCCCGCACCACCGCCAUCGACCGCUACGAUCCGACCUCGUUCGACCCGUUCCGCCACCCGGGCACGCAGGCCGCCACGCCGAUCUCGAUCAACAACAACGCCUUCAGCCUGAGCAACCAGAGCGCGCUCAAUGCGGCCGCCCAGACGCUCGGCUCGCUCAGCAAGAGCCCGACGCCGGCCGAGAUGAGCACCAGCAAGGAGAAGAACGUCGAGAUCCCGGAGGUGAUCGUGGGCGCCAUCCUGGGACCCGCGGGGCGUAGUUUGGUCGAGAUCCAGCACAUAUCCGGAGCCAACAUUCAGAUCUCGAAGAAGGGCAUCUUCGCGCCGGGCACGCGCAACCGCAUCGUCACCAUCACCGGCCAGCCGAACGCCAUCAACGUGGCGCAGUUCCUGAUCGAGGAGCGCAUCAGCCAGGAGGAGACGAAGCGCGCCUGCCAGACGGCGGCGGCCGCCAACAAGACGUCGGCCGCGUCCGUCGCGACCGUGUCGCAAUAG